GCGCUCUCCUGACUGAUGGGUGUGGACAGAGACUUUUGUCAUCCGUCUGAAGGACAACCAAACCGUCUGCAGCUGAGACUCAAAGACAAUCAACAUGGACCUGUCCGACCAGAAGCACUUCACAGCCGUAGACUACGUGAUCUUUGCGGCCUUGCUCGUUGCCUCUGUGGGCAUCGGGCUGUACCAUGCUCUUUCAGGCGGGCGUCAGCGCACCACACAGGAGUUCUUGAUGGCGGACAGGAGCAUGAGCUGUCUUCCCGUUUCGCUGUCGCUCAUCGCCUCAUUCCAGUCUGCUGUGGCGAUUAUCGGUGUACCGGCAGAGAUCUACACUCACGGUACUCAGUACUGGUUCAUCGGCUGUGCCUACUUUCUCGGCCUCCUCAUUCCUGCGCACGUUUUCAUUCCUGUGUUGUACAAACUAAGGCUCUCCAGUGUUUACGAGUAUCUUGAAUUGCGCUUCUGCAAAGCAGUGCGUAUCUGUGGAACUUUGGCCUUCAUCUUUCAGACAGUUAUCUAUAUGGGGAUUUGUGUGUACACUCCUGCCUUUGCACUAAACGCAGUUACUGGAUUUGAAUUGUGGGCGGCAGUGCUGGCUACUGGACUAGUAUGCACAUUGUACACAACGAUGGGUGGUUUGAAGGCUGUCAUCUGGACGGACGUCUUUCAGACCGUUGUGAUGUUUGCAGGGCAGCUGGCUGUCAUCGUGGUGGGCGUGCAUCAGACUGGAGGAGUGUCUGAAGUCUGGAGGAAAGUCCAGGAGGGAAACCGCCUCUCUGCUCUCGACCUAAACCCAGAUCCUACAGAGAGACACACCUUCUGGACUCUGGGGGUUGGCGGGGUCUUCCUCAUGCUGUCCCUGUACGGAGUCAACCAGGCUCAGGUCCAAAGAUAUCUCAGCGCCCGCACAGAAAAAGAGGCUGUCAGGUCUUGCUACAUGGCGUUCCCCUCCCUGCAGUUGUCUCUGGCCCUAGGCUGUGUGAUGGGACUGGUCAUGUUUGCACGUUACUGUGGAGAGGAUCUCACUGACGAGCUGCCCACCUCUUCAAGGGAUGCGAUGGUGCUAUACUUUGUGAUGGACAUGCUGCAAGGUCUGCCUGGUCUACCUGGACUGUUUGUUGCCUGUUUGUUCAGUGCAGCUCUCAGCACCAUCUCUUCUGCUUUUAACUCUCUGGCCACUGUGACAAUGGAAGACCUCGUCAAACCACAUUUCCCCGCCAUGACAGAGGCAAGAGCGACCCUGCUGUCCAAAGUCUUAGCGAUGUGCUACGGGCUGCUGUGUCUGGCCAUGGCCUAUCUCACUCACCUGAUGGACGAUUCUGUUCUACAGGUGGCUUUGAAAAUCUUCGGGAUGGUUGGCGGUCCUGUUCUGGGUCUGUUUUGUCUCGGGAUGUUCUUCCCGUGGGCCAACUCCACUGGAGCAUUGGCAGGUCUGGGAGCCGGUCUGGCUUUGUCUUUCUGGGUCGGCAUCGGGAGCCUUUUAACCCGUAGCUCCGGCACGAGGCCGCUGCCGCCCGGCUGCAGAGCCGUCCUGCUGUCGGACAACACGACGUCUGCCAUUCACACCGCUGCACUCGGCAAUUUCACUCUGAGCCGACCGUCUGGACUAAACAGAUUUUAUUCGUUGUCCUACAUGUGGUACGGCGCUUUCAACUGCUUCACAGUCAUUCUAACCGGCCUGAUCAUCAGCUUCCUCACAGGCCAUAUGAAAGAAGAAGAUGUGACACCAGGCACAAUCUAUCCCUUGUGUGGGAAACUGCUGUGUUUUCUACCUGAACACCUCAAAAAGAAGCUCUGCUGCUUGACUCCUCUGGGACAGCCGCGGCCUCCACAACACAAAGAAGGCAAUGGACUGGCCUUACCACAAGAGGACGGAACGUCCCAAGAAGAGAAGGACAAAUUUCUUCCCGAGGUUCAAACAGCUCUUGUGGAGCACGAAACAACUGUGUGAUAUCACGGUUUAACGUAUAGCUGGAAAACGGUUAAAAAGUCUUCACACAAAGCGCUCGGACAAAAAAAAAAAAAAAGAAAAGUGAAUGUAUUUUUAUUUCUUAUUUUUUAGCCUUUGCUUGUGAUGAAAGACAAAAUGUGAAUUUGCACUCAAAUGCUGCAACAAAGUCAAAGCUAAACAUCGUCCAGUCAACACAAGAGAUGCAGUUUGUAUGCAGUAUUUGUCAACAUCGGGUGUAUGGUCAUUGGUUCACUAUCAGUCUGUUCCUUAUGUGUGUAAAAAAAAAGACCGUUCUAUGAGAAUUAUUUGAAGUCUUGUGAACUUUAGAGCAAAAAAACAACAAAGCGUUUUAUACCGGUAUUAAUUCUAUACUUGACAAAUGUUUAACACUAGUGCAGCUGUAUAUGAAUGGUCCUGUGUGAGAAGAUGGCGCCUCAAUUAUUAACAAUGUAUGAUUGAAUUUGUGUCUGUAUUGCAGCUGAAACACUGAAAAUGAUUAAAGAUUUUGUGGUUAUCCCUUUG